UGAUUACCUAAAUAGAAACCCUAAGUCUAGCUAUUUCAUCUAAGUACCAAAAACCUAAUCAAAUCAAUCGAGCAACUGUCUUACUCACAAACCUGCUAUUUACAUUUAAUCAUAAUCAACCUAGCUUAAUUACUCUGAUUAGAUUUAUUAGGUUUCCUAGCUACUUGUAAAUUCGAUCCCUAAGUACUACAACUGAACUUCUUAUUUGAGAGAGUAAUUAACUCUUUAGAAUAAUUUGUAAUUAACUCUUUAGAAUAAUUUGAGUAAGAUCAGUAACAACAUUUUCACUUUUUUUUUUAUCUUUCUUGUUUUCCAUUGACAAUAAAACUACUUCCUUAAUACAUCAUUAACAUGCCUUCACGUUAUUUAACAACUUGUCAUAACCACCCCAAUUUAAUUACCAUAUCAAGUAAUCAUCUGAUUUCUGAAACCAAAACCAAACAUAACUCGGGUUUACUCAUUUAAAUUCUCUCAAACCAAGCAUAACUCGGUUUAGUCAUUUGAUUUCUCCAUAAUGCGUUUUACAUAUAUUAAUGAACCAAGAAUAUAAAACUGAGUGCAUAAUUUUAUUACUAUUCAUGUUCCAAUUAUCUAUUAUAUUAAAACUGAAAUACUUUUAAAAAUCACCCUUUUCAUCCUAAUAAUUAUAAUUUUCCACUGAAUUAAUAAUUAUUAAUUAAUUAUUUUGUUAUAUUUUUCUCUAUCCAAACUUACUGAACUUAAUUAACUAACCAAAAUCAUUUCUUUUGUUAGAUUAUUCUAUAACCAGAUUAUUAUCUAAGAAAUAUUUAUAAAAAUAUUCAAAAUACGACUACAAAAUUUAAAUGUUAUAUAUUCAUGUAUCUAGCUAUUCUACUCAAACUAAAGUAAUUUUUAGAAAUAACCCUUCUUUUAUUUUAAUAAUUGCAACCUUUAGGCUUUACCACUAAAUUAAUAACUAUUAAUUAAUUAAUUAUUUUGUACCAUUCAGAAAUAACAUUUCUCUCAUUUCAAUAAUUACAACUUUUGCCAUUGAGUUAAUAACUAUUAAUUAAUUAUUUAUUUUGUACCAUUCAGAAAUAACAUUUCUCUCAUAUCAAUAAUUACAACUUUUGCCAUUGAGUUAAUAACUAUUAAUUAAUUAUUUAUUUUUUUAAGAUUCUUCUCUAUCAAAACUUAAUUAAUAACAUUUUUUAAGAUUCUUCUCUCAUUCUCAAUAAUUACAAAUUACAAAACUUAAUCAAUUAACCAAAAAUCAUUUAUUUUGUUAGAUUAUUCUCUAAUUAAACUUACCAAACUUGCGAUUAUUCUCUAAAAUAUAUUAACUAUAAAUUUAAAAGAUUAUUAAAAAUGUUAAUAAAUUUUUUAAUUAUUACAUAUUCAUAUAUAUUAUUAUUUUCACAUACAAAAUGGAAACUAUAAAUGUUUUUGUUCAAACAUAUAAAUUUAUUUUUCUAAUAUAUGUUAAAAAAUUUAAUGAUUAAUAUAAUUCACACGUAUAUUUGAAUUAUUGGGAUGCAACAAAUAAACAAAUAUUUAUAUAACAUAUAAUCUUGAUUGGUUUUAUAUCCAACCGCAAUAUGAGCAAUCAACAAAUUAUAGAUAAUUAAAAACCAUCGAUAUUAUAUAUCAUUAAUCGAACAAACAUCCAUACAUACACAUGUUUGUGCAACUAUUACAUUUUUUCGUUGUGAAAAAUUAAAAUUUUCUAUUCUAUUAAAACGAACACUCGUGUCGAUGCACUGGUAAAGCUCUAGUUAAAAGUUAAAACAUGUUUGUGCUAUACUCUGGGAGCGUGUUUGUGCAACUAUUACAUUUUUUCGGUGUGAAAAAUUAAAAUUUUCUAUUCUAUUAAAACGAAUACUCGAGCCGAUGCACGGAUCAAGCUCUAGUUAAAAGUUAAAAAUUAAAACAUGUUUAUGCUAUACUCUGGGAGCGCUUUUCUUUGUUUUGUGUACACGUGGUAGCGCUUGUAUUCUAAACUCUGAAGGAAGAUAUACUAAGCAAGAUAUACUAAUUUUACUGGUUAUCUGGCAAAAAAAUAGUGUUGAAAAGAAAAAGGAAAAAAAAAACGAAAGUGGAGUAAAAAGGAUAGAAAAUCGAGUGAUAUAUAUAGUCCAAGACACAAUUUGGGAUGUUUUAGAGUAUCAAAUUAAACCCAUUAAAAUUACAUCUAUCGUUGCACAAUACUCGAUCCGUUCCAAAAAAAUAGACUUUUUAGUAUUUUCACACGUAUUAAGAAAACAUAUUAAACUACUAUAAUAAAUAUAUUAUUUUUUGUAAUUUUCAAUUUUUAAUAAUUUUUAAUCAAUAAUAAUUCAAUAAAUUCAUUUAAUUUUUUUGAAGCUUACAAUUUUUUUUUAGAAAACACAAAAAUACAAACAAACUUUUUUUAUAAAAAAAAGUAUCUUAAUGGAACGGAAGGAAGUUUAAUUCAAGCCUUUGAGAGAGAGAGAGAAAGAGAAUUUGUUGUAGCGAAUGUGGAGAGCCGUUGGAUUAAUUCAACCCUUUAAUAAAUGGAAACCACUUUGAAAAUGUAAUUUGAUACUCCCUACAAGUUCAUACACUUUUACGAGGUGAUGUGAACGAUCAGUUAAACAAUGCAGUUAUCACAAAAAUCUUGGUACCAAUCGUUUCUUUGACCAACGUUUUGAAACUUCUCUAUAUAUCUCUAUAAAUUGCCAAUGUUCAAUCCUGCACACUCCCAUACAGCAGUCUCAAAUCCCCAAGUUCUUGAACAGAAACCUUACAGGAAAAUGAGUGGAAAAAGUGGCAACGGCGGUGGAGGAAAGAGCGGUGGCAGUGGAGGAGGAAAGAGCAGUGGUGGUAGCGGUGGCGGUGGAGGAGGAGGUUAUAUGGUAGCACCAGGUUCAAAAGGAGGUGCUUACAUCUCAAGAGGUGGAUUUGAGAGUAACCCUCAAGCGUACUUUGGUAACUUGCACGGCAGUGGACAAAGCAAGAAGUAAAUUUGUGUGUGUAUGUGUGCAACUAGUACUACUACAAGCAUGAAUCGUCUUGUGUUUAAUUAAAUAAAAUGGAAGGAAGUUUUUGAAUAAAAUGAGAUUUAUAUCCAUCUUUAUAAUU